UGGUCUUCAUCUGAAUGUUGGACUAACUUUCAAAAAAUUUGAGUGCUACUUAAGACGGCCACAUUAUUUACUUAUUUUAAUUUUGGGACAGCUAGAUUUGGAGGUUUUGAAAAAAAAAUGUGGAUAGCUCUGAUUGAUCAUGAUUCCAACACAAUGAUAAAUAAUAAUAUUGCAUCAAUAUUUGCAGCAUUUGUUGCAGAACAUAUACACGUGCAACAAGUUUUAGUCACAUGCAUCUACCAGUCAAAAACAUAUAUACCACCCCAUAUAUAUCCAUGUAUAUGGCACUAGUUCUUGCCAGAGACACACUGAAAACUUAGCAAUUAGCACCCUAGAUCGAGCUCAGAUGGAACCCGAAUCAAAAGCUCCCCAUGUUCUUAUCUUUCCUCUUCCAGCACAAGGACAUGUCAACUCCAUGCUCAAUCUUGCUCAGCUUCUUUCACUUUCUGGCCUAAACAUCACCUUUCUCAACACCGAUCACAACCACAAUCGCCUUGUCCUCCACACCGACAUUCUAGACCGUUUUGCGUGUUUUCCUGGAUUCCAAUUCAAAAGCAUCCCAGAUGGCCUUCCAGCUGAUCACCCACGAGCUGGUGUCCGAUUCAUGGAAGUGUUUGAUUCCAUUAAAUUGGUAACUGAGCCAUUAUUUAAAGAAAUGAUGUCUUCUGGUCAGUUAAAUUCAGCUACUGGACAGUCGGUGACUUGUAUCAUAGCAGACGGUAGCUUGAGCUUUCCUAUUGAUGUUGGCGAUGAGCUUGGUAUUCCGGUCAUUCAUUUCCGUACAAUCAGUGCUUGCUCCUUCUGGGCUUAUUUUUGUAUUCAAGAUAUGAUAGAAGCUGGCGAACUUCCCAUUAGAGAAAACGAAGACAUGGAUUGCUUUAUAAGAAGUGUGCCAGGUAUGGAAACUUUUCUUCGAAUCCGAGACUUACCUAGUUUUUGCCGAACAAGAAACAUAGAAGACUCGAAUCUCCAACUGGUUAAAAAUAUGACUAGGCAAUCCCCUCGAGCCCAUGCGCUCAUACUUAACACGUUUGAAGAUUUAGAAGGACCUGUACUAUCUCAUAUACGCACAAAAUGUCCCAAAACUUAUACUAUUGGACCCCUCCAUGCAAUUCUUAAAUCUAAACUUGAAUCCAAAAUGACAUUGUUGCAAUCUUUGUCUCCAAAUAGCCUCUUCGAAGUGGACAAAAGCUGUAUGGUAUGGCUCGAUGCUCAACCUUUGAAAUCUGUAAUCUAUGUAAGUUUUGGAAGCAUUACGGUCAUGACAAAGGAUGAGCUCAUGGAGUUUUGGUAUGGUUUGGUUAAUAGCAAGAAACGCUUUUUAUGGGCUAUAAGACCUGACUUGGUGACCCAAAAAGAUGGCGAAGGUCAAAUUCCACUUGAACUUGUUGAAGGGACAAAGGAUCGAGGGUAUAUGGUGGGUUGGGUCCCACAAGAGGAGGUUUUGGCCCACCAGGCUAUAAGUGGGUUUUUGACUCAUAGUGGAUGGAACUCUACCUUAGAGUGCAUAGUGGCUGGGGUGCCCAUGAUUUGUUGGCCUUACUUUGCUGAUCAACAAACAAAUAGUAGGUUUGUGAGUGAGGUUUGGAAGUUGGGAAUGGACAUGAAGGAUGUGUGCGAUAGAGUUAUGGUAGAAAAAAUGGUGAAUCAUUUGAUGGAGGAAAGGAGGGAGAUUUUCAUGAAAUCAGCUGCUGAAAUGGCUAGGUUGGCAAAAGAAAGUGUAAGUGAAGGUGGGUCCUCUUACUGUAAUUUGGACCAUUUGAUUAAGGAUAUAAGGUUCAUGAGCAUGAUUACAACAAAGUAGUAUGUGUUAUUGUUUCUUGAGUUGUUAUUGUUUAGAAUUCUAGUACCAACUAGUUUUCCCUUGUAAUUGCAAGUUAAGAAAGAUGGCACUGUUUAAAAAUUUGUAUGGCCAUAAAUGUGGUGAGACAUUUUUUUUUCCAUCAUUUUCAUAAUUAAUGACUUGGUUUAUUGUUAUUAAUGUAAC